AGAAUUUGUUGAAUGGAUCAUCCUGUACCCUUCCUUCUUUACCCUAACAGAGGAUAUGAUUGGAUUGUAGGAUUUUGUAUAUGUGUGUCAGUGAAUAAAUUUCAAAUAAUGGUUAUAGCCCCAAAAAUGGCCGAGUUUCUAAAAACAUUUCCUUAUUCCUACCAGAAGGGUUGCAAUUGAAAUCAGAACACAAGGGUCAUUCAUGGAUAACUUUUAGGAGUCGAAAACGAGAUUUUGUUUAGUAAAAUAUGAAGAUAAAUACAACCAGGAUGACUACCCCAAUUGAAGAAAAAGUAGAUGAGAAAUUAAAAAUCCGGUCUGGGAUGGUAACAGUUAGUGAUGGAAAAAGUAGACCUAUUUCUGUUAAAUUGCAUCUUUCAAUGGAAGUACUAAGGUUGCAAAAAGAAGAACCUUUACCUCCAGAAUCAAAAGCUAUUAAUACCAAGGAAAGAAUGGUGCAAGUGAGAAGACAAAAAGUAGGUGGACUGGGGUUAAGUAUCAAGGGUGGUGCAGAACACAAGCUACCAAUUUUAAUUUCUAGAAUUUAUAAAAAUCAAGCUGCUGCUCAAACAGGGGAACUUUUCGUUGGAGAUGCUAUCAUAAAAGUGAAUGGGGAAUACAUUACAGCUUGCCCCCAUGAUGAUGCUGUAAAUAUAUUGCGCAAUGCCGGUGAUUUAGUAGUUUUAACUGUAAAGCACUAUAAAGCAGCUACGCCAUUUCUGCAGAGGCAAGAGGAAAAAGAGAAAGAAGCCGAGAAAGAAAAACUAGAAUACAAUGGAGACGAAAAAGCCGCAUCAGAUGAAAGCUUAAAAGUCUCAAAUUAUACAAUGAGUAGACCUAGUUCAAUUUGCUCUGAUUUAGAGCACGAAUCUAGCCAAACUCACUGGGUAGAUUUUGUAACAGUUCCAUUAAUGAUGGCUUACGUCACACGAUAUAUUUUCGGAACCGAUAAAUUGAGACCCAAUGCAUUCGAAGUGAGAGGCUUGAAUGGCAUUAACACAGGGAUCAUACAUUGUGACGAUUUAGCCAUUUUGUCACAAUGGUUAAAGUAUAUCACAGAUAAUAUUAUCGGGCUUACAAAUUUACAGAUGAAGCUCUACAAUAGAAAUUUUAGUGUGUCUGAUAGGAUCGAAUACAUGGGAUGGGUUAAUGAAGGAGUAUUAAAUAAUAAUCAUCCAUGGCAGAACUACAAACCGAGAUUUUUUGCUUUGAAGGGUACAGAUCUUAUGCUGUUUGACACACCUCCUUUAAACGUAAUUGACUGGGGGAAAUGUCCUUUGAUGUUCAAAGUGUAUCAAACGAUGUUCCGAGUAAUUAAAGAAUCAGAAAAUGUGGACGAGAGACAGCACUGUUUUUUGGUACAGACUUCAGGACAGGAUUCUAGGUAUUUUUCUGUAGAAACUAGACAGGAACUGCUGAAAAUUGAAAAUGCUUGGCAUUGUUCUGUUUGUACUGCUGUUAUGAAAUUAGGGAACAAGACUUUUACUGUGAGCAGUAAUGGGAAAACUGCUGGACUGACUUUGGAUUGGAACUUGGGAUUUUCGUUACACGAAGGUGACUCAAAAACUCCAGUGUGGCAAUACAAAUUUUCACAAUUGAGAGGAUCAUCUGAUGAUGGUAAAUCGAAGUUGAAAUUGCAUUUUCAGGAUAUAGAAUCGAGAGCCAUCGAAACAAAGGAGUUGGAAUGUUCAAUUUUGCAGAGUUUAUUAUUUUGCAUGCAUGCGUUUUUAACAGCGAAAGUAGCCUCUGUUGAUCCCGGAUUUCUAAGUUCAAUGAUACCAUAGAUUUAAGAUGAAUAGAACUGAUUUUUUAACUGAUGAGUAUUAAACUUAGACUUGAGAAAGUUAAACAGAUUGAAGACAAAUUUUUGUAUGUAUAAAAAAAUCCGAAGUUGAACGUCUAAAUAUGUUCUGGAAACGAACAUUUUAGAAUAUAUGUUGUGAUUAAUUGUAAAUAAUAUAUUAAUUUUGAGAAGAGUAUUAAGGUUGUUUAAAUAAUACGUAUCCAUGUUGCACUUUUUAAUUUUUUAAAAUUUUAUUUAAUAAACUGAACAACCAGUACACUAAGACAGUCUGUUUCGCAUUUUUUCUCAGAAAUUUUAAAAUGCACAAUGUUAGAAUAAUCAAAUAAUUGUUUGCUAAGUUUAAUGCUCCUGUCUUUUAUAUUUAUUAAUUAGAAUAAUUGUUUUCAUAUUUUUUAUAGUUUUUGAAUAUUAACGAUGUUCCUUGUAAACUGUAGAUAAAAAGAUUUUAUUUAUUAAUUCUGUAUUUCUAAAAAAUACUUAAUUGUUUGACAUUUUUUACAAUAGCUAGAAAAAUAUCGUUUGCAGCCAGUAGACUUGAAAAAAGAUACAAUCUUAAAAAAUUAUAUACUCUAUACUGAAUCGGCAAGUAGAAAAAAAUCAAGAUAUUGUUAAAACACACUGGAAUUACUUUUUUAACAACUUAGUUUCUAGGUGAGAAAUAACAUAUCAAAUUGAUUACUUCAGACUUGCAGCGCCCUCUAAAAUCUGAAAAUUCGGUAUCGAAAUCCGUUUCUUUUUGCAAUACCUCAUUUUCUAUUAACCUUACGGUAAAAAUAAAAUAUUAAAUAUGAAAGAGAACUAAGUUUUCUGUAAAAAAGGUUAAUUAUUUGUCGUCAGAGCAAUAAUGAACGAAUGAAUUAUGAAUGUAUGAGUCAAUGAAUACAUUCAUUUAUCUGUUGAUAUAUAUAGCAUUUUGUUAUUUACAUGAUUUUGUUUUUGUUAUUUUACGUAUUAUAUUGUUUAAUUUGAUUCUCUAAGAUAUUUAUAUAAGUUUUUGUUAAACAAAUUCAAAUUUCUG